UUUCCCCAAAGAAAAUGUCUCUGUUCUUUCAAGCAACCGCCCACGUGUUCAUUUCAACAAAAAUAAACGGGUGGAUUAAGUCAUUUUGUUCAAGCUUUUACUGUUACUUUGACUCAGUAUCUUACUUUGGGGGGGCAGAGCAAAGUUCCCCUUGUUGCUCUCCAAGAGACUUACUUGUAAAGUUAUAAAACUUUUUGUUUGUUUCCAGGAACAAUCAGACAUUGUUUCCUGGAUAUUUAGUAAUCAGCGUACAUGGCAUCUAUUUCUAGAACGCUUGAAAGCUCAAGAUAAUUCUUUUUGUUUUUUUCUUUCACUGCAACUUAAAAUGGUGUGCUGAAGAGGAUUUUCCGCAUGCACUUGUCUCUUUAGUAUUUACAACUGUCCUCUAUGUGCAUCUUUGCUAGCUGCCAGCGUUGCAUGAUAGAAAUUGCACAGUCAUUCUGUUUAAAAGAUCCAUAGCCUAUUCAGGGGAUGUGUUUCAGUCAGAUUAAAAUGAAUUAGCAGGAGAAAGCUCCCUCUCUGCAGCCAAGCCAUUAGGAACAGCGGGCAGGGCCCUGAGUUUUGACUGUCUGCUGAAGAAAAGGCGCGCUUGGACUCAUAUCCUCUCUCUCGUUUGCAGCUUAUCAUGAACCUGCUGUCUGGCUGCUGAACCCAGCGUCCCCGUUGCCAUGACAACAGGUGAUUGCUGCCACCUCCCUGGCUCACUGUGUGACUGCCCAGGCAGUGCCACAUUGUCCAAGUCAGUGGAAGAUUCUGAUCUCGGACGCCCACAGUAUGUCACCCAGGUCACCGCCAAGGAUGGGCGACUGCUCUCUACAGUGAUCAAAGCCCUGGGCACGCAGAGCGAUGGUCCAAUCUGUCGAAUCUGCCAUGAAGGUGGAAGCGGGGAGGGCCUGCUUUCACCCUGCGACUGCACGGGCACGUUGGGGACCGUCCACAAAAGCUGUCUGGAAAAGUGGCUGUCUUCAUCCAACACCAGCUACUGCGAACUUUGCCACACGGAGUUUGUUGUGGAAAGGCGGCCCAGGCCCCUGACGGAGGUGUCGUUCCGCUACCACUGCCAGCUCUAUUCUGAGUGGCGAAGGACCAAUCAGAAAGUCCGGCUGAUGAUCCCUGAUGCGAGGAACCCGUCCCCUGUCUCCCACUCCCUGCUCUCUGCUAAGCUGUUGAAGAAGAAGGCUGAUGAGACUACCGUAUGAACCAAGAUAGCACUUUUUCCAAGUAGCAGAAGGGAGGAGGAGGAGGACUUGUGAGAACCAUCAGCCCAGCCGGAAGAAAGCUCGCCAUCCGCUCAUCAGCCAAGCCCCAGAAGGACAACCAAUUCCCGGGCGUGUGCAAUGACCUUGGGACGUGGCCUGCUGAGGGUGUCUGCCAGCCAUGCUCCGUCCUCAAGGCACAGUGGGGGAAUAAUACCUCUCCCUUGAUCUGUGUAACUAUCUUAACUUAUAGUAUCCUAAUUAUUGUUGUAAUUAUAAUUUUAUGACUGUUUCUAGUUUCAGCUGUUGUAACCAGGGCCCUCGUCUCCUCCUGGACAUCACUGUGAAAGGUGUGGGGGAAACUGGCUGGCUGGAGCCUGCUUCCACUUGCUUCCUGCCAGCUCUGCGUCAGAACCAUUGCUGCAAGGAGGCUGCCCCUCCCCUGGGGGUGGGAAAGCCGUGGCAGCCGGAGGGGCAGGAGUCCCUUCCCUCCCCUUUCCCAGGGGUCCAGCCUGGGAAGAGGAGGAGGCCUUGUUCAGAGACUUCUCACGUGGAUGAGCGUGCAAAAGGCCAUGUGCAAAUCUGCCCGUCAUCUUGUCAUACUUUGGGAGUGAAUUGUUGCUCUUCUGAAGAAGAGGGAUGUUGGUUCCCCUUUCACCUCUCCUGCCGCUGGCUCUCUCAGCCCCUUUCAUAUUUUGCACUAUAUAGAUGGGGGGGUCUCCCCCCCCCCUUGUUUCCCAGUGAUGUUGCUUUCCCUGUCUGGAGGACCCUGUGCUUUUGAGAAUGGAUUAAAAUAUAAAUAUCCCGGGAGGAGUAAAAACAAACAAACAAUGAACUGCCAGUGAACUGGAGGGUGUGUUUUUUAAUAAACGCUGUAACCAUCCGGCUUACAGAAAUAACAGCAA